AAAGAAAAAAAUAAAAAAUAAUUUUCGGACAAACAGCGUUAUUGGGACAGAGAGAGAAAAUAAAAAUAAAAAAAUUAAUAAGAGAGAGAGAGACAAUGGACGAAGUCUCUGCGAAACGAGUUUGACCUUAACCCAGCUUCCAUCUCGUUUCCUCCAAUUCACGGUGUCAAACACGCGCUUAAUUCUUCAUCAUCAGCAGCAUUCAUACAUUCCCAAAACCAAAACCCUUCUCUUAAAUCACCCUCUUCCCAAUUCCCAAUUCCCAAUUCUCAAUUCUCAAUUCCCACUCUUCUCGCCAUACCCAUUUCCCGAAAGUCAAUUUUUUUUUUAUUUCUAUUUCCCCCAUUUUUUUUGGAAACCUCAUUUCCCAGAUUCAGCAAUCCAAACCCGGAUCUCACCAAAACCUCGUAAAAUCCGAACCCUUCCUAAUUCCCAGCCAUGGGUAACUGCUGCGCCACCCCAACCACAGAUGAAACGAAGAACAAGAAGAAGAAGAAGGAAAACCCCUUUGCAAUCGACUACGGCUUCAGCAACAACAACAACGCAGCGAACGGGUCAAAGCUUACCGUUUUGAAGUCCCCAACGGGACGCGAGAUCGAGGCGCGUUACGAGCUGGGUCGCGAACUGGGUCGCGGCGAGUUCGGAAUAACGUACCUUUGCACGGACAAGGAAACGAGAGAGGAGCUAGCGUGCAAGUCGAUAUCGAAGAAGAAGCUGAGAACCGCCAUAGAUAUCGAAGAUGUGAGGAGAGAGGUUGAGAUCAUGAGGCACUUGCCUAAACACCCUAACAUCGUGACCUUGAAGGAUACCUACGAGGAUGACAAUGCCGUUCACCUCGUUAUGGAGCUCUGUGAAGGUGGUGAACUCUUCGAUCGCAUCGUCGCGCGUGGACACUACACCGAACGCGCCGCCGCCGCCGUUACACGAACCAUUGUUGAAGUCGUUCAGAUGUGCCACAAGCAUGGUGUGAUGCAUAGGGAUCUCAAGCCCGAGAACUUUUUGUUUGCAAAUAAGAAGGAAACUGCGCCUCUGAAGGCUAUAGAUUUUGGAUUGUCAGUGUUCUUUACGCCAGGGGGAAAAUUUAAUGAGAUAGUAGGAAGUCCAUAUUACAUGGCUCCUGAGGUAUUAAAGAGAAACUAUGGCCCAGAAGUGGAUAUCUGGAGUGCUGGAGUAAUUCUAUACAUCUUACUUUGUGGUGUCCCACCAUUUUGGGCAGAAACUGAACAAGGAGUUGCACAAGCGAUUAUUCGAUCUGUUGUUGACUUCAAAAGGGAUCCAUGGCCAAAAGUUUCAGAUAAUGCGAAAGACCUUGUGAAGAAGAUGCUAGAUCCUGACCCAAGGCGACGGCUUACUGCACAGGAAGUGUUAGAUCAUCCAUGGUUACAAAAUGCGAAGAAAGCUCCCAAUGUUUCAUUGGGAGAAACUGUAAGAGCCAGGCUCAAGCAGUUUUCUGUAAUGAACAAGCUUAAGAAAAGAGCUUUAAGGGUAAUUGCCGAGCAUUUGACUGUGGAAGAAGCUGCCGGGCUGAAAGAGGGAUUCCGGGUUAUGGAUACAAGCAACAGAGGCAAGGUUAACAUUGAUGAACUACGAGUAGGGUUGCAUAAACUAGGCCAUCAAGUUCCUGAUGCAGAUCUCCAAAUUCUCAUGGAAGCUGGUGAUGUAGACAGGGAUGGGCACCUAGAUUAUGGAGAGUUUGUAGCCAUUUCUGUUCAUCUGAGAAAGAUGGGAAAUGAUGAGCAUCUUCACAAAGCCUUCCAAUUUUUCGAUGCGAACCAAAGUGGUUAUAUAGAGAUUGAGGAGCUGCGAAGUGCCUUAUCGGACGAGGUUGACACAAACAGUGAAGAAGUCAUUAGUGCGAUUAUGCAUGAUGUGGACACAGACAAGGAUGGAAGGAUAAGUUAUGAUGAAUUUGCUACAAUGAUGAAGGCUGGCACAGAUUGGAGAAAAGCAUCAAGGCAAUAUUCGCGAGAGAGGUUUGCAAGUCUCAGCCUGAAAUUGAUGAGAGAUGGGUCAUUGCAUCUAAACAAUGAAAAGCAAUGACGGUAGAUGAGUACUUUAGAAAGGCCAAAUUUUACUUUGGAAAGGAAAAUAUGAUAAAACAAGUCUUUCUUUUAUUUUUUUAGUUUUAACCUUCUCUUAAUUGUAAUUCUUUUCUCUAAUACCCAUUUUUGGGUGGAAAAAUAUAGGAUAUUGGCACAGCAGUAAUGUCUAUUUGGUUUGGAAGUGUCUGUUUUUUUUUGGUUUGUUGAGGUUGUGGUAGUUCACAGUAGAGGGUGGGAGACAAGUCUUCAUUUGUGGCUGUAAAUAUUUUUAAUUAUCACGCUUUAUAUGUAAUCUGCCAUUUUUAAGUAAACCUUGCCCCAUGAAUAAUGCCUAUAUCUAUAAUGAGGAUUUACUUUACAAAUCAGUUUAAUU